GUGCACUGUGUCCCUCGGACACAGCGGAUCACCGAUCAACGGAAGAGCCAAAGAUGUCGGCUCGGUCAUGUGAUCAACUGUGUUCAAUCACAGGUGAUCACAUGGAACAUGUACACUGAUCAUCAGAGCACUGAUGAUCAGUGUGCCCUGAUGAUCAGUGUAGCCCCAGCAGUGCCACCUGUCAGUGUCCAUCAGUGCCAGCUGUCAGUGCUCAUCAGUGCCACGUGCCAGUGCCCAUCAGUGCCACAUCAAUGCCACAUAUCAGUGCCUACCAGUGCACAUCAAUGCCACAUAUCAGUGCCCAUCUGAGCUGCCUUUCAGUGUCACCCAUCAGUGCCAGUCAGUGCCACUUAUCAAUGCCAAUCAGUGCCACCUGCCAGUGCUGCCAAUUAGUG